AUGUCGGAGACUGAACAAGACAGAAAAGAGAAUCUCAGAUUAAAGAUGGUGACGUCGAAGCUUCAAGCUCUCUGGAAUCACCCGGCCGGACCUAAGACAAUUCAUUUCUGGGCUCCAACGUUCAAAUGGGGUAUAAGCAUUGCUAACAUUGCAGAUUUCCAAAAACCUCCUGAGAAUAUUUCAUACCUCCAACAAAUUGCUGUGACAUGUACUGGAAUGAUCUGGUGUCGUUGCAGCACUGUUAUCAUUCCUAAAAACUGGAACUUGUUUAGUGUUAAUGUUGCCAUGGCAGCGACCGGGAUAUACCAACUUACUCGUAAAAUCAAGCAUGAUUAUGUAACUGAAGCAGAGGCUGGUGUUGAAAAUGAAUGA